UGGGUUCGAGAUUACAAAACAACAAACAUGGCUGACAGCAGCGGAACGAGUGAUGGCGGGUCUUGGUGGGGUGGAUGGCUGCAGGCUGCCAAGGAAAAGACGACCUCAGCCAUGGACUUUGUCAAAAAGGAUCUAGCAGAGUUCACAUCAACAAUGCAAAAUGACACAGCUUCUGCUGUCCAGGUCACCAGCUCCACGAUUCAAGAAACUCUCAAGGCUGAGAACACUGAGGCAGCCAAGGACAAGAUGAAGCAGAGCAUCAGUGGCUUCUUCGAAGGAGUGUCGAGUGCGCUGAAGAUUCCUGCUGAGGACAAGGAGGAGCCAGUCAAGCCAAGAGAUCGGGGCACAGCUGGCAUGUUGUAUGACCGCUCAAAGGUGCGACUACAUGCUGUACAGGUAGAUCCGGGCACAUACCUGAAUGAACCAAGUGGCUCACCCAAGGAGUUCCAGGAAUGGCUGAAGACGUUUAAUCUGGAAGAGCAGAAAGGAGCAAUCUCUGAGCUUCUGGUUGUGAAGGUGGAAGUUCGCGGUCUCUACACAAAACUGGUGAGUUGAAGCAGUAGGUGCCCUCCCGAGCUGUCCCACUCUGAGUUCUGGCAGCGCUACUUCUACAAGGUGUUCCAGCUCCAGCAGGAUGAAGCUCGGAAACAGGCGCUGAUGAAGCGAGCAGAGACACCCACAGAAGAGGACAGUCUAGGAUGGGAAGAUGACUGGAGUGGAGAUGAGUGUGAUGAGUUUGAAACAGUGACUGCCAAAGAACUGAAGGACAUACGACAAGAGGACAGUGUCCGCUCACGUCUUGAACCAGAACCAGAGGUCAAGGACAUUUCCAGUACAGAGACAGUGGAAUCCAGACUCCAGGCACCUGUUGCUGUGAGUCCACCGGUGAAGAGCGAAUCUACUCAAGCUGCAGAACACAAAACAUCUGACAAUAGGACAGAGGAAAGUGUUUCUUCACAAGGUGUGAAUACCCAAAACAACCUUGAGACAGAAGGAAAAUCCCGGAAACAAGACAGUGGUGUGUCACCGGUAGAUGCCACCAGUCUACAAAAACAAGAGGCUAAAGAGAACAAGGUUUCUGGAAAACCAUCCACUGAAAAGGAAGUAAAGGACGUGCCAAGUGUUGAAACUGUAGCCACUGAGCAACGUGAUGUUUCUUCUGUUACGACUGAGCAACAGAAUGUUUCCUCUGUGACCUCUGACCAACAAGAUGUUUCCUCGGUUACAUCUGGCCAUCAUGGUGGAACCACACCUCUUUCAUCCAAGUCUCCACAAACAGCAGACCUUCCACAAACCCAGAAACAAGAUGAUGUUGUGACAGAACAGACCACAGAAAAGCCUUCAGUUCAGGACAACUCUGUUCCUGCUGAGACACAUUCACCUCCUUGUGUAGAACUUCCAUCCUCCUCCAUUGAAGAAGUAGCCAAGGGAGACAACUCAGUUGUGGAAGCAGAUGGUGGAGAUCUGAAGACGAAGGUGAAAGGAGACUUGGUAGUUGUGGGAUCCGACCGGGAGUCACCAACAUCAGACUCCAGCGGCAAUAAAGAACCAAGUGUAGAUGAUGAUUGGGAGCAGGACUUUGAUGUGGAGUUGACAGAGGAAGACUUGAAGGCUGCCGAAGCCAUUGCCAAAAAAAGAGGUUCCAAUGCGGAUGCGGGGGAUGAUGACUGGGAGAGCUGGGAGUAGACCCACAGAUCAACUUCUGUGAUGUGAGCAGUGUUCAUUCUAGUUGCUAACAGUAUGGGGCCAAAUUGGGACAAUAGAAAAACAAGUCAAAGAAAGACAACAACUGUCUGUUGAACUUGCCUUCAGUCUGAGAUGAUGCUCGACCACCAGCAACAGCAGCACCAGCACCAGCACCAGCAGCAGCAGCUACAUAUUUUUCAAUAAAUUUUAUGUUAUUCUACAUGGGUGUUAUAAUGGCAAAGAGCUUUAUAAUUCUUGCUUGACCAUUCUAUAGAUCGAGCAGAGCCACCAUGCUAUGCUCUUGGAUGAACACUGAUGUAUAUAGAGAGUGUUUGAACCUGAAAGCUUUCUCUCAGCUGUUGGGCAGGGACAGGUGUGGUUGUAUAUACUGAAAGGUCUGCAUCUUAAGCUUGCUGUGAUACAAGCUGAUACAGGUGGUACAGCAAUGGUACAGAAUGGGGCAACAACUCAACUAUCAUCUUUUCUGUUUGAUGACACUGAGCGGUGUUGUAUGUUGUUGAAAAAAUCGACUUAUCAUCUAAACUGUUUAAUGUAGCAGGGAAACAACAUUGUUCAUAUUGUCAAAGAUAUUCAGUGAUAACACUGUCAUGGUGGUAUGUGUUUAAUGUCUAAAAUAAAAGAAUGUGUUCUAAGUUGUCAGGAAAUGAAUGUUGCGGUCUAAGAUACACAUGUUCUCUGUCCCGUGAAGAAGGUACUAUUACAGUGUGACUCUAAAGAGGAAACAACCAUAAAUGGAAACAGUCAUAAGAUUCAAGAAAAGACCUUUUAGAUUGAUAUUCUGAUUUAGCCAGCCAGGCCCAGCCCACUAGAAAUGAAAA